CUGCUGACUCUGACAUGGGGGUCAAAACCUUCACCCACAGUUCGACUUCCCACAGCCAGGAGAUGCUGGAGAAGCUUAAUGCACUGCGCAACGAAGGCCACCUAUGUGAUGUCACUAUCCGUGUCCAGGACAAGCUCUUUCUAGCCCACAAGGUGGUCUUGGCUUGCUGCAGUGACUUCUUCCGCUCCAAACUGGUGGGCCGGCCAGAGGAGGAAGACAAAUUUGUAUUGGACCUUCAUCAUGUGACAGUUAGUGGCUUCACCCCUCUCUUGGAAUAUGCCUAUACUUCAACCCUCUCCAUCAGCACAGAGAACAUUAUUGAUGUCCUGGCAGCUGCAAGUUACAUGCAGAUGUUUGCUGUGGCGAGUACUUGUUCAGAGUUCAUGAAGUCCAGUAUUUUAUGGAGUCCAGGUAGCAACAGCAGCAGCAACAAUAACAUUACAGCAGAUAAAGUACACGAAUCAGCGCCAGAGAGCGCCACAUCAAAUUGUGUUCUGACGCCCUUAGAUGGCAGCCUUUCACCUGUGUCAUCUGACUGCAGUGUGAUGGAGAGAAAUGUUCCUAUAUGCCGUGAAUCACGACGUAAACGCAAGACUUUUGUGACGAUGGCAUCACCUGAGAGCCCACUCAAAUGCCCUACACAGAUGGUUUCCACAUCACCACAGGUUCCAAACCCAUCCCCUUCAUUCUCUGACAGCACGGCCCAGCCUGUGGAAUCCUCACUAGCCUUCCCCUGGACCUUCCCCUUUGGCAUUGACAGGAGGUUCCACUCGGACAAGCCCAAGCUCUCUGAAAGCCCUCGUUGCCUGGAGCAGGCCGCGCCAGGAACCUCAGAUGUGGUGGUCGGCCGGCGGCUCAGUGACUUCCUCACAUGUGAAAGCUCCAAGGCAGUGUCCUCACCAGUGCCAGCAGAAGAAGAGGAUGUCAGGGUGAAGGUCGAACGGCUCAGUGAUGAGGAGGUGCAAGAGACAUCCUCUCAGCAGGUCAGCGCAUCCCAGAGCUCAUUGAGCGACCAGCAGACAGUGCCAGGGAGUGAACAGGUGCAGGAGGAGCUGCUGAUCAGUCCACAGUCCUCCUCUAUAGGGUCGAUGGAUGAGGGAGUGUCUGAGGGCUUGCCGUCGAUACAAAACACAUCUAAUGCUGGAGGACAUGCAGAAGAUGACGAAAGGCUGGAGGGCAUUCAGUAUCCAUACCAUCUCUAUAUCAGCCCCUCAGCCCGUCCUGGCUCCAACGGCCCUGACAGACCCUUUCAGUGUCCCACCUGUGGAGUUCGAUUCACACGCAUUCAGAAUCUGAAACAGCACAUGCUUAUACACUCCGGCAUUAAGCCUUUCCAGUGUGACCGCUGUGGGAAAAAGUUUACACGGGCCUACUCCCUAAAGAUGCAUCGGCUGAAGCACGAAGGUAAACGCUGUUUCCGGUGCCAGAUUUGUAGUGCCACAUUCACUUCCUUCGGUGAAUAUAAGCACCACAUGAGGGUCUCCCGACACAUAAUCCGCAAGCCGCGGAUUUACGAGUGCAAAACGUGCGGCGCCAUGUUCACCAACUCUGGCAAUUUAAUUGUACACCUGAGGAGUCUGAACCAUGAGGCAUCCGAACUAGCAAACUACUUCCAGAGCAGUGAUUUCCUCGUGCCCGACUACCUGAGCCAGGUGCAGGAGGAGGAGGAGGCGCUGGGAGUUCAAUAUGAGCUAGAGGAGCCCCCCCACCAGCCAGUCUACCCCAACAGCACAUCUACCUCCACCGCUGCCUCCUCCUCCUCUUCAGUCCAAUUACCUGUCAUCUCCCAGGUCUCCUCCUCAACCCAGAAUUGUGAGAGUUCCUCUGGUUUCCUGUUACCUGAGCCCUUGGACCCUCUAGAGCCCCAGAUCUCCCUCAAAUUGGAUGCCAAUGAGACAGCAGCCUUGACAGAGGAGACUAAAAUGGACAAUGGCAGAGGAGGCAGUUCAGCGGAGGUGUCCGAAGAAGAGCAGCAGCAGCAGCAGAAUGCCCAGACCAAGGAACUGGCUUCCAUUACCAUAGAGUGAUGUCUUCUACUUCCCCUUUAUGUCCUAGCCAGAGUAAUUUAUCUCUUAGCCAAUUAGAAAUCUGUCUGUUCUAUUUAAGUCCCAAGCCUUGCCCUACUUUUGGAAAGUGCCUGAGAUUUCCCUUUUCAUCAAGAGAAAGAAGAGGUCUUGACUUUGCCAAAAGCGACAAAUCAAGCGUUGAUAACAUGAGGAAAAAGGAAAGACACUUUGCUUCAUUUAUAGUUAUAAUGCUAGUUUGUAUGGACAGAGACUGUGUUAUUCCUUCAGUGCCAUCGCUAUAGGCAAACAGUUAACUUCAGUGUUACUUUUUUGCAAGAGCUUGUACUGUAGUUUAAUAUAUGAAUGCUUUGUAUGUGGGGUGUUGUGAAGUGUGAUGUGCUAGCUGUGUGUAAGUGUAUUUCUUUUUGUUGAUAGGAACACAAUACAUUUUUAAAAAUUUGAAGUUUUCAAAACUUGAAAUUACAAUGACAUUGUAUUCCCUGAAAUUUGCGCAAUACAUUUUGGAUUUAUCAAGACUAGUUACUUCACAUUUCUUUUGAGUUGCCUAUGACAACUUUUGAAUUAAAAAGCAAAACUCAAAAAGUAAACUUCAGGAAUUUAGAGAAACAACUUUUUUUUCCUCUGAUUAACAACCUUUCAUUUUACAUGUGAAGUGACACCCAUUUGUCUAAAGGCAGAGGUGUGUUAAAGAUGUUAUUUGCCAGAUCGGAGCUGGCUUGGUCCAAGUUUACCAAGAGCUGCACUGCAGGGAUCAUAGGACAUCGGUUGGCUGUCACAUAAAGUGCUGCCUCACUUAAAUAUGUCAAAGAUCAUAUUUUCAAAUAUGUAUCUUCACAUGACCUUGUGGGUUUAGAUGACGAACAUUAAUUGCCCUAAAAGUGGGUGUUAUCCACCAGAGUUCUGGGUUUUCUGUCUUUUUCUAGAAUUAGAAAAUGUCAGACAUUCGAGAUGGAACCGAAAAGCGUACUGUAGGGGAAGUCAGACACCCAAUAUCACUGCAGAUACUUGUGACUGCCGUGUAUUGGGUCUGAUCGCAUAUAAAUCACAAGUAUUAGGUAAUAUAAUGUCAAAGCAGAUGAGGAAACUAGGUACCCAUUUGUGUGCACUUGCCUUAAUGUAAAUGCUGUGGGUGAACUCAUUAUUGGUUUAUAUUAUUUUAACAGCAGCGUCAAUAUGAUUCUGCACCCAAUUCUGUUACUGUGUACUAGGGCGUUCUCGAUCCUGUAUUAUGAGAGGAUAAUGAUACCCAUGCUAAUGAGCUGAAUGCUACUGAUAUUUAUUACUUUAUGUUCAAUGAAAUCUUCAUCCUUGUCGUGCUCCCUAAAAACAUCACCAUCACAGCAAGAUCGAAGACCUUAAAAAAAAACGGGAUGAAAAUGAUUGUAAUCUCUAAGAUUAAAAAUAUAAUAAUGCUGUGAUAAAAGAAUUAGCAUUACAGUAUCCCAAUACCUGAUUUGUAGGAGGAAAAAAAAACCCUUUUUCUGAAUGAGAGCUUAUGUCAUCCUGUGCCAUCUUAUCAGUCACUAUCAAAAGUUGUGCCAUUCACCCUCCUACCUGGGUACAAAUCAAGCUUCUUUUUUUCUUGUGGACCAAAUGUCCUCUAACUCACAGGGGAGUUGACAUGGCAAUCAGCAAUUGCACAAAGUAAUAGAAAGAGAUAAUCAUUCUUUGUGGUCCGUGCUAUUUAGCAAAGGGGUUUGUGCUUCUUUUGCCCCUUAAAACACUGUACGAUGUUGUGCAUUUAAGAGGCUAGCCUUAUUAAACGGACCUAUUUAACUAAAGUUGCACAAUGUCAAAACUUUAGAAAACAUUUUCUAUUCUCCAUUUGUGUGUUGUAUGCUCUUCAUCUGUUAUGUUCACUGUGUGUCUGUGUUCAAACAACUUUUUUAUAAUGAAAUGCUGCUGUUUGUUGAAACAAAAAAGUGCCCAAAAUAUUUUUGUGAAUCAAUUGUGUGCAAUAAAUGGACCGGUAUUAAAUGUUUUAACUCGAUAUUUUGUCUUUGGGAAAGUGAAUUAAAAAAAGAAUGUAUAAUUUUGUUUUUAUUCAUAAAUGACUUAAGCUGAAGAAAAGAGGAAAGAACCCAAUUUGAUCUGUGAAUUAAGGAACAGUGCUUCUAUAUCCAACAACUGAUACAAUUCGAUUCUGUUUUUGUUCAUUUCAAAAGUUGCAUGUUCAUGUAGUUCUGUGAAUUGGAGAGCAUGUUCUGCUUGGUGUCUUCAUUUGGCUGCCAUGUCACAGUACGUCAAGUCAAAGCCUUAUUUGUUAAAGCCUUUUUAUAUGAAUUAAAAGUCCUUUUUCUGUUGAUCAGCAUGUAUUUUUUCCCUCCUUUGCGUAUGCACUUCUUUUUAUGUGCAAUGUUUUACAUCUUAUAGUACAUGCCUUUUCAAUGUAUACUUGAUGUUGUAUACAUUUUCCAGUCCAUAUGAUUUAUUUCAAAGUAGGAAAAAGUAAAAAAAACAAAACAGUAGCUCUUCUUAUCUACAUAUAUAUAUUUUUUGGUGAUUUUUUUUGUAAUAUGGUUGCUGUUUCAUGGGUAUGCCAUAUUUAGAUAUUCUUGGUCAAUGUGAAUAGAACAACUUAGAUUGGGACUGUGGGGGCCUUGGUAGUCUUCACUUUGUGACUGUCUGCAAUGUGUGUGUAUUAUAUAUAUAUAUAUAUAUAUAUAUAUAUAUAUACACAUACACACAUACACACAUAUACUAUAUUGCAUAUUCUUUAUACUGUAGGUUACUUGAUUGCAACCUGCUUUAAAACAGAUGUUGUAUUUCGUGUCUUACUGAUACUGUAUUUAAACUGUAGUUUCAAAAAUUGUUCAAAACAUCCCAGAUAGUAAUGCAACCUGCACAUUGUAUAUGGCAAACAGGCAUUUGUAGUGUUGAGUGUUUUAACUUGAUCAAAUUCUGCAGUUGGCUGUUAAAAACUGAGACUGUAUCGCCACUCUGUACUAAAGAGUAAAUGGUUGUUCCGAAUCUUGCCUAGUGUCUGACUUCUUAGUCCCGUUAUUAUUAUAAAAAAAGAGUUGUUUUUGUAAAAAUAUAAAAUGUAAAUAAAAAAAAUACACUA